AUGGGCAACGUUGUAUGCCACGCCGGCACCGGACCCAACGACAUCUGGUCCUACUGCCCCUCGCUCGGGGCGGCGAUUCUCUUCACGGCGCUCUUCGGCAUCACGACAUGUACGCACAUCGUCCAGGCCAUCGUGUACCGCAAGCCCUUCGCCGCGGUCCUCAUCAUGGGCGGCCUGUGGGAGACAGGCGGGUACGUCGCGCGCAUCGCCUCGAUCGAGAACCAGCGGUCGAGCGGGAUCUACACGGCGCAGCUGCUCCUGAUCCUGCUGGCGCCGCUCUGGAUCAACGCGUACAUCUACAUGCUUCUGGGACGGAUGAUCCACUUCUUCCUACCCAAGAACGAGGACCGUGUGUUCAAGGUCCGCGCCCGCGCCAUCACCCGCAUGUUCGUGGCGUUUGACAUCACGGCGUUCCUGAUCCAGGCCGUCGGCGGCACCAUGACGGGACCCGGCGCGAGUGCCUCGGUCCAAAAGACCGGCUUGAACAUCUACACGGCCGGCGUGGGCGUGCAGUUAUUCUUCCUCGCCGUCUUUGUCUCCCUGGCGAUCGGGUUCCAACGCAAGGUCAAGCAGCUGAAGAAGGAGGAGCAUCACUCCUCCACGAUGAACUCAGGUUUCUACCUCGCCGACAUCGAGACGCAAUACCAACACGCGCACACGCACGUGCCCUCUCCAAGCCAAACCCGCUCCUCGUCCCCAACACCAGAGAAUAAUGCAACGACGUUACCAAACCUCGACCUCGCCACGCCGUUGCUCCGCGUGCUCUACAUCACGCUCGCGCUGAUCAUCAUCCGCAACAUCUACCGCCUCGUCGAGUUUGGCAUGGGCGCAAACUCCCCGACCGUGACGCACGAGUGGUUCGCGUACGUCUUCGACGGCGUGCCCAUGUUUUUUGCACUCGUGGUCCUGAAUGUCUUCUACCCGGGUAAGUACCUGCAGGGCGAGCGCAGCGACUUCUCCCAGGAAGAUAAGGAGCGGAAGCAGAAGAAGAAAGAGGACCGGAAGGAAAGGAAGGAAAUGAAGCGGAUGGCCAAAGGUGGGAGGAGUGGUAAAGGGGGAGCGGCGUACGAGGCUUUGAAGCCGUGA